AAAAAAGAGGCUUGCAGGGGGCAUAACUAAGAUGGAGGGAAUAUUCUCAAGGUCACCUGAAAUGCCAAAAAUCAAAAUUUUACUCAAUGAUCGAGGUCAGCCUAUUGGUAAAAGUGCUAGACAACUUUCAAGUGCUAUUGGGUGUCAAGUUAGAAAGAAAUUGUCUAUUGCUACCACGGACUGGAGGCUUGUUGAUAUAAACAAGAAGUAUGAGUUGUGGGAGGAUAUAAAGACAUAUUAUGAUGUACAUGCUGCUGCCUUAAACUGGGUUAUGCGCACAGCUGGAAAGAAGUGGAAGCAAUUUAAAGCAUCCAUAAAGCAACGAUACUUCAAUCCUGAAUUGUCUAUAAAAGAAAUUCCAGAAUGUCCUGAUAAGAGGGUUAAUGAUGAUGAUUGGCACUCUAUGUACAACUAUUGGAUGUCUUCUGAAUUUCAGGAUCGCUCAGAAAAAGCUAAAAUAAAUCGACAAAAGCUAAAGAUGCACCAUACAGCCGGCAGUGUGAGCUAUGCAUGUUCACAAUAUGAUUUGGCUGUGAAACUAGGACGUCCUCCACGAAGAGAUGAAAACUUUAUCCAAACCCAUACAAGAAAAAAUGGUGUUCCUACAGAACAGGCAAAACCAAUAAUUGACCAACUUAAUGAUGUUCUUGGAGUAUAUCCAGAGUUAAAGGACCGGUCAAUUCAAGAGGGUGAUGCAUUCUCUAUUGUUUGUGGACCGAAAGAGCCAAAAGGAUAUGUUCGUGUUUUGGGUUUAGGCCCUACUCCUCAAGAUAUUGGCACUCCAGAGUUGAAGUCUUAUACUGCAACAAGACUACAAAUGGAGAUUCUUGCUCGUACAAAGGUUCAAAGUGAGAAGGCUGCUUUAGAAGAGCGUGUACUUGAGCUACAGACUCAAAUUGAGCAAAGGGCUCAACCAGACCGGGCAAGUGAAGAGCCCAUGUCACAUCGCGGCUCUACUUCAUUUCAACAUAAGGUGAUGAGGAACAAGUUUGCUGCUGAGGAUGAGGAAGACAAUGAAGAAUAUUGUGCUUCUGAAGAUGAGGAAUUAGAUGAUGAGGAUGAUCAAAUAUUUCAUCAGAUGCAAGGUGCAAACUCACCAAGAUCUACAAGGCACUUUGCUGAAGCUUCACACUCUAAACAUGAUGAUCUUGUUGGAAAAGAUGUCAUAUUAUAUGCUAUGUUGAGAUCUGAUUUGCCUGUGGCUAAAGGGACAAUUGUUUCUACUAAACCAAGCACCACAGUUGGAGGCCAGAUCCUUGGAAGGCAAUAUUGUGAAGUUAUUGUAACUUGUGUGAUAAAACGAGAUACAGUUUUGCCUCGCCCUUGUGCAAAUGUGGAAACUAUGGCUGAUGCUUACAUGAUGUCAGUUGCAUGGCCGUACAAGAAACUGAAGUUGGUGCAUAAGGCUGCAACACCGUCUAGUGGAGGGUGUUCUGGACAAAGGAAGCUUGUACCUUAAAACAGGAGGAUACAAGAAGCUGGAGUGGUUGUCUGAAGGCUUUUGAACUGCUUGAAGCAUUAGUGUAGCUUUGGUGCUUUUGUGACUGAUCAGCUCUGGAGCAGCUAGAGUGAUGUAGUUGUG